GCCCCGAUCCUCACUUCUCCUGCUCCUGAGAAGACCAGACCCUUCAUCCUCAUCAUGACCAUGAUGUACUCCUCAUCCUCCUCCCGCAGCUCCAUGGGCGGCCUCGGCCUCGGCAUGGGCCGGGCAUCCAUGGGCUCCAGCCGCGGCAUGAGCUCCUUCAGCAUGGCCGGGGGGGCCGGGGGCGGCGGGGUGCGGGUGUCCCAGGCCAGCCGCAGCUUCUCCAUGGGCGGCGGCGGCGGCGGUGGAGGGUUCGGUGCCGGUGGAGGGUUCGGAGCCGGCGGUGGUGGUGGUGCAGGGUUCGGUGGCGGUGCAGGGUUCGGCGGCGGGGACGAUGGUGUGAUCGGCAACGAGAAGUUCUGCAUGCAGAACCUGAACGACCGCCUGGCCUCCUACCUGGCCAAGGUGGCGGCGCUGGAGAAAUCCAACGCCGAGCUGGAGCUGAAGAUCCGCCAGUUCGCAGAGACCCAGAUCGGACCCGCGGCCCGGGACUACAGCGGGUUCUUCGUGACCAUCGCCGAGCUGCAGGCCAAGAUCCAGGACGCCGUCCUCGGCUCCGGCUCCGUGACGCUCAGCAUCGACAACGCCAGACUCGCCCAGGACGACUUCAGGCUCAAGUACGAGAACGAGAUGACCAUGCGCCAGUCGGUGGAGGCCGACAUCGCCGGGCUGAGGGGGGUGCUGGGAGAAGUGAGCUCGGCCAAGACCGACCUGAGCCUGCAGAUUGAGGGCCUGACGGAGGAGCUGGUGUCCAUGAAGAAGAACCACGAGGAGGACCUGGUCUCCAUCCGUAGCCAGGUGUCCGGCCAGGUGAACGUGGAGGUGGACGCCGCCCCACAGGAGGACCUGACCAAGGUCAUGGAGGAGAUCCGGGAACACUACGAGGCCGUCGCCGCCAAGAGCCGCAAGGAGCUGGAGGGCUGGUUCCAGUCCAAGUCUGAGGUCCUCACCAAGGAGGUGGCCACCACCGAGGUCACGCUCAAGUCCUCCGCGUCGCAGGUGACUGAGGUGAAGAGUCAGCUGCAGGCGCUGGAGAUCGAGCUGCAGUCGCAGAUGAGCCUGAAAGCGUCUCUAGAGUCGUCGCUCUCCGACAUCCAGGGCCGUUACUCCAUGCAGAUGAGCAGCUUCCAGAUGAUGGUGAGCAGCAUGGAGGAGCAGCUGGUGCAGCUGCGGGCCGACCUGGAGCGGCAGGGCGGCGAGUACCAGAUGCUGCUGGACAUCAAGACCCGUCUGGAGAUGGAGAUCGCCGAGUACCGGAGACUGCUGGACGGGGACGCGGGAGGGUCGUCCUCCACCUCGUCCUCCUCCACCAUGACCACCACCAGAACCGUCAUCACCAAGGUGGUGGAGGAGGUGAUCUGAGCCCGGCCCGGGCCCGGAUCCGAGCGCCCACCUGUCGGCCUCUCGGUCCUCACCUGAUCAGGAGCAUCUCUGUCCUUCCUCCCUCUGCGUCGGGUUCCAGCCGCGGACCCGGCCCGGUGGAGACGCCGGUGCCGCGGGACCGUGAGGGGAAACUGAAAAUCUGGGUUUCUGUUGGAAAAACCAACUUCUGUCUGUCUUCAAAUAAAACUCAUGUAAACUCCA